AGAAAUUGAAAUAUUGAUUUGUUUUAUAAAUUUAAAAUGUUAAAUUUUUAAAGUAAUGUUUCUAUCGUAAUUUUAAUAAAACAUUGAAAGCUAUUAUAUUUUUAAACAGUUUUGUAAUGGUCUAUUUUUAUUAAUUGCUGUAAUGGAAGGAAACCUAAUCAAAGACUGUUAAUGAGACUGUUGAAACUCUUCUGACUGUUGUGCAGCACCUGUGAUAUCUUGCAGCUUCUCAAUUUCUGAUUUGGCUGAAUCUUGAAUACUGAAUACUGGGACUAUGAGCAUGAAGAAUUAUUCUGUGCUGUUGUCGCUAAAGAAGACUGGGGAGAAUUGAAAAUGCUUUAAGUAUUUGCAUCAAAUGCGACAGUUACCAAGAAGAGUGCUUCCAUAAUAUUUGAUUGCAUGGCCCAUGAGAUUGGAUAAAGACUGAGUUCAAGUGUUCAAAGAAUCGAGUCAUACUAUUGAUCUUGGUCUGUACGGGCUUGAGAAGAUCUCAGUGACUGGAGUAUUGCUGGUGCAUGGAAAAACUUUUUUUGUGAUUUACAUGCGUUUGUGAUCAAGGAGACAAGAAGUGCAGAUAUUCUAGCAUGGAUCAUUAUCUCAAGACUUUCAUUAAAUAUGGAUGUUUUUAAGAAUUAUAUGAAUGACAGCCUGCGGACAGAUGUGUUUGUCCGGUACCAUCCAGAGACUAUUGCCUGUGCCUGCAUCUACUUGGCUGCUAGGGCACUUGAGAUUCCACUUCCAAAUCGUCCCCAUUGGUUUCUACUAUUUGGAACAAGUGAAGAAGAAAUGAAGGAAAUCUGUGUGAAAAUCUUAAAGCUCUACACCCGAAAAAAGGCAAAUUUGGAGCACCUUGACAGUGAAGUUGAAAAGCGGAAGGUGGCUCUUCAAGAAGCAAAAGCUAAAGCCAAAGGUCUUUUGCCAGAUGGUACACCUGCAUUAGAUGCUCCACCUAGCUUCUCACCAUCCUCAAAACCAGAUUCUCCCAAGGAUGGAAAAUUUGAAAAACCUUCACCACUAUCUAUUCAAGUAAUGAAAAAUGCUAGAAGGAAACUGGACGAGGAAGAAAAAUGGCCCAGAUCUACUAGUCCUUUUAAUGGUGUUCAAAAGGGGAAGAGUAGCAGAAGUCGAAGCAGAAGCAAAGGUCGGAGUUACUCAAGGUCUCGCUCUAGAUCACAUUCCCCUAGGAGGCGAAGAACAAGAAGUCGUUCUGCGUCCAACAGCUCUCGAUCCCGCAGCCACUCAAGAAGUCGCAGUGAUUCCCCUCCACAACGGCACAAACGAAGCUCUCCUUACAUUGGCAGGCCAAAAGUCAAGGAAUAUGAUGAUAUCCGAGAAUACAAAUACAAUUCCCAUAAACGCAGAAGAUCACACAGCAGGAGCUACAGUAAAAGUUUGUCCAGAUCUAGAAGCAGAUCCAGAGAGCGUUUAGAUUUUCCUCGAAAGCACAAAGAAAGUAGGAGCCAUCACAGGGAGCGAAGACACGAUCGAUCACGAUCUUAUGAAAGAUCUACAAAACAUCACAACAGCCAUUCUGGCCAUAGCAGACACCGGCGGUGAUGGAUAUAACCUAUUUCUGUUGUUUACACUUGUAUUAUUUCAGGAUUUAUAUAUGAUCUCUAAACAUCUUUGUUAAAGAGAUUCAAUUGGAGUAUUGAGGGUUAGUUCGUGUAAAUUGCACUGCUUGUUUUGUAGUUUCUGAAGGCAGAUGUAGUGGCUCCUGCUGACAUCUUAAUCAGUUUUUGAUAGCAUCUUACCAACUGCUGAUAGAUUUCAUAUUAAAUAUUUUCUGGUAAACUUUGGUUGUGUUUACGCAGUUUUGUAUUGUUUCAGGGUUUAUAAGUUAUUUUUUCUUGUGUUGACAUGACAUUUAAGAUUUCCUUUCCUGUUAACUGUAAGUAGGACAGUAAACAGACGUACAUGUGCAAUGCACCUGGAGGAAUGGAGGGAGAGAGAAAUGCCCUCUUUGAAACAGUUCGUUUCAUCUGUCUUGUUAAUGACAUUUUGUGUCUGAUGUUGUCUCAGCACAUUUGAAACGGUGUGCAGUCAGGUGCCAAUUUCAUAUAGUUUAAUUAAAAAAGAAAAUAACUUUUGAAUGUGUGAUUUUAAUACUUCCACCUGUUAUUAUACUCAGUCCUAACCAUUAUACAAGGAUUGACAGUGAUAUGGUUUUGAGGAAAAGACACAUGGCUUCUCUUUUUUUUGCUGCUGCAUACACUAAUGUAUUUCUCAGAAAGAAGCCAUGCUCUUUGUAGUUAUGUAAAGUACUUUAAACAUUUUUCUUUGGGAAGUAAUAAUGUACCUAAGAUAAUGUGGUUACAUGUAAUUUGUAAAGAGAUUUUUCAGGUUUUUUUUUUGAGGGAGAAGAAAGGUUAUUUUCAGUUGAUGAUUGUCUGUCUGUUCAAGUGUACAUGUUCUGUUCUAUUAAGUAAAAAUAAUUGCUUAAAACCAGGAGAUAUUGUACAUAAGCCUUUUAAUGUAGUGCAGCAAACAUACAUGUGCCUUGAAUAUGUAAGUUUUAUGAACUACAAAUGGAAUUUGAAUAUGCAUAUACUGUAAAUAAACUUUUUUACUAAGAA